UCGGAGAACUUCAUUUUCUUCUAUAAAAACUUUAACAAAAGAAUCAUUAACCAAAUCCAUCGCUAUCCGAUGAAGAAACCAUCAGCUCUCUUUUGUUUGCUGCUCUUUGUACUCAACGAAACCGAAUCAAGAAAAUAUCCACCCGAAUGUUCUUCUUCAUGCGGAGAUUCACUCGAAAUCCGUUACCCUUUCCGAUUGACCGAUGAUCCGGUUGCCUGCGGUGAUCAUGAUUUCCAACUUUACUGCCGAAACAACAGAACAAUGAUGAAUUUCCACGCCGGAUUAUACUACGUCAAGCGAAUUACCUACGACGAUCACACGAUUCACCUCGCGGACAUUAAUUUGGCCAACGGCAGUUGCGGUCUACCAUACAGAUCGUUAUCGGUGGGGGAGAUCGAAAUGGAUGAUCAUACAGGUCGGUUAAUAUUAGUUACUCGUAUACGUUAAACUAUGUUCGAUGUUCUUCCAAGGAUACCAGCAACUUGGUUGAUGACAGCAGAGUACCAUGCUUGAAUCAGAAUUCAUCUGAUGUUUAUGUCAAUGUGAGUUGGUCUCGGUUAACCUCGUACGAUGUCCAGAAAACAUGUAAGGUAAUCGCCGCGGUGCCAACAUAUUACGAAGAACCGUUGCCGGAUAACAUCUCCUAUGAAUCGGCAUUGAAGAUGCAGGAAUCAGGAUUUCGGAUGAGAUGGUCCGUUGAGUGUCGAGAUUGCAGAGCCAAGGGUCGUGGAUGCGUUUAUAAAUCUGCAGAUACAGAUUUUCUCUAUAAAUGCGAAGCAGAAUAUGAUUACUAUGCUGAACUUGUAUAUAUAUACACUGUUCUUGCAGCAAUGGGCCUGGCUGCACUCAUUGGAUUUGUCAGAUUCAUCCUUCUUCCACUGGUUAUCUUUGCUUUCCUUCUCCACAAGUACUUGUCUACCAGAAACAAAAUUGAUUGCAGGGAAGAACCUUCACAGAUUCAGCAGCCAUUUACACCAGAAAGGUUCAACUAUACAGAUGUACUUUCAAUGGCAAACAAUUUCAAAGACAAAUUAGGCCAAGGUUGUUUUGGCACAGUUUACAGAGGGCAGCUUCCCGGUGACCGUGCCGUUGCCGUUAAAAAACUUGAGAGCAUCAAAGGUGGUGAAGACCAUUUCAUCAAUGGAGUUUCCAUUAUCGGUCAAGUUCAACAUUCGAAUUUGGUACCAAACCUAGGGUUUUGUUCCGAGGGGUCAAAACACGUUCUCGUUAACCAAUACAUGCCUAAUGGAUCUCUCGACAAGCAUUUUUUCUCCGACGGUGGAAAAUAGGGUUUGUUUAGUUGGGAGAAAAUCUGGGAAAUUCUUGUGGAAACGGGACGAGGGAUCGAGUUCUUACAUGGAAGAUCCGAAGGUGGCAUUGUUCAUUUAGAUAUUAAGCCUCAAAAUAUACUGUUGGAUAAGAAUCUCAGACCCAGAAUUUCGGAUUUCGGGCUAGCAAAAUUGUACCCGAAGAUGCAUGAUUUCAUGCCAUUGUAUGGAAGAAGUGAAACAACGGGAUAUAUGGCACCUGAAUUGAUGAUUUCAAGGGAUUUCAAGGCCAUGUCAUGCAAAUCUGAUGUUUACAGUUUUGGAAUGAUAAUGCUAGAAAUGGCAUGCGGAAGAAGGCAUGGCGAUGUCGAUGCAAUCAAUUCAAGCAAAGUGCAUUUUCCUACCUGGGUCUAUGAACUAAAUGCGAGGGGAGAUUUAGAGUUAGAGAACCUGACAGAAAGUGAUGCCAUAAUAUCCCGAAAGUUGUUCAUAAUCGGAUUAUGGUGCACUCAAACUCGGCCAUCGGAACGCCCCUCCAUGACCAGAGUCCUGGAAAUGUUACAAACGAACCUCGAUGACCUGGAAAUGCCUCCCAAACCAAUCUUGGCUGAAUACCUGCGUGAAUCGGAUUCUCCAAAAGAGAUGCUGUUACCUGAGACAGUGGAGAGAAGCUCAUAGUAAUAUCAAAGCAUCUUUCUACAACAAUUCUUUCAAAUUGCUACAGUAACUCACCAUUAAAGCUGUUCACCAGUCUAAGCUCUCAUCCGUACUUCCCAUGUACAUGUUCUUCACAAA